AUGUUCGAGCUCAAUCAGCCCCUCGUUUUUCCAGCGGCACCUUUGCUCACAGUCAUAUUAGCUUUAGUUGGCAUGGAAGCAAUAAUGUCAGAAGUAUUUGCUGACACCACCACAGCUUUUUAUGUGAUACUGAUUGUUUGGAUUGCUGAUCAGUACGACGCGAUCUGCUGCCAUUCGCAUGUCAGCAAACGCUUUUGGUUGAGGUUUUUCUAUCUAUACCAAUUUUUCUUUUACGCCUAUCAGUAUCGUUUCGGUGGUCAAUACGGUGGAAUGGCCCUCAUCACUUCAACAGCAUUCAUAUUUCACUCGAUGAUAUUCUUUUUUCACCAUUAUGAAAUGCCCCUGAUACUGUAUCAGGAUCGCCUUCAACGUAUUUUGACUGAGAUAGACCCAGCACCGGAUCAAGCUGAAGUGGCGUCCACUAGUUUUGCGCAUGCGGAAUUAGUCAAUGCUGAAAGAACAGCUGAUGCUGUGGAGCAAGUUGCUAACGAAGUCGUAUCGGAAGCCAUUGAUGAAUUGUUUCAAUCGUAA